CGUGACUCCCUCCCGCCGUCACCGCAAAUCUCCAGUUCAAGCUACCAAAUGUCUUCAGAUGAACAUUUAACGAAGAACAACGAUUCAGACAACGAUCCCGACAAUCCAAUUCAAGAGGGAGGAUGGAAGUGGAAGAGACCUCUAAUGAGAGGUGUUUCUUGUACAAUAGUGACAUACACGAAGGAUUCAACCAUUAUGAAUGGUAUCCGUAGAGUUCUAACAGAUAUUGGGGGAGAAGUCGCACUUAAGCAAUUUGAGAAAAGCUGCUUUGGAAGAUUUUUAAAGCUACCAGAUUCAAUUAACAAAUGCAAUCAAGCCAUUCAUCACGUCAUAUCACACCAAAUAAUAUUUGGUGAGGAAGCAGAUAAAACGGCGCUGUGGUUUAGGAUAAACAACCAAAAUUUGAGGUUCAGUCGUUUUGAGUAUGCUUUAGUGACGGGACUCCAAUUUGGAGAAAGUGCUUUUAAUCCCUAUGUUGAGCAUGAAAUACAUGAACACUCAUUAUAUCAUAGGGAGUUAGAUGGAAGGCCAACUACUCCUACAGAGUUGCUUAAGAAAUUCUUAGAAGGCCAUUUGGGUGAUUAUGCUGAAGAUUAUGUGAAAGCAGCGAAGAUAUUGUUUGCUUACUACAUAGUGCUUGGCGAUGAUGGUAGGAGAGCAAUAAAAGAUUGGGUAUGGGCUUUGAUAGAGGAUAGAGAAGCUUGGAAUUCAUUUCCAUGGGGAAGCUACUCAUUUCAAAGGCUAAUUUUCUACAUAGACGGUGUGCAACAGACACCCACUAAAGAUUGUGUGCGCGAGCAAUAUCACCUAUACGGAGCAGCGUCAUCAUUUAUGGCUUGGAUUUAUUGUGCAAUCCCAGAACUGGGGAAGAACUGUGGAGGUAUAGCUUCAAAAUCACGAAUUCCUCGCAUGUUGCGAUUUCUAUAUUCGAGGACAGUGAUAGAUGUUGACAGCAUCACGGGCACUGUAUAUCCGAUAUUAGAACCCACAAAUGAAGAAAAGAAUAAAAAGAGUUGGAAAUCAGUUGAAUCAGAAGGAACACCCUUCAAGUUGAAGUACAUGGAAUGUAGGGGGAUGCCGAAGAAAUCCAAAAAUGAAGUUAUAUCAAAGAAGCCAAUGGGUGACAAGUCAAAUGCUAGAGAAGUAAGGGAAAAUGUUGGAGUAUCUGCGGGCCAUGGUACUGAUGGUGAUGGAUUGGUAUAG